AUGUCAUUUUUAAAGUUAUUAUGUUCAAGUUUCAUAAAAAUACUGGUAUACGUAAUAAUUAUUUGUUGUGGAUAUCUAAGACAAACAAUUUUUGCUAAAAACAACGAUCAUGGAAAACGGCACGCGUCAAACUUGCCCUUGAGUUACCUGCUUCAUCAUGAUCCAUACCAUAUCGAUUUCUUCUGUGUUUUCGAACUAACAUUAAGGAUCAAGUCUUAUCCAAAUUAUUGGACUGCCGCUAAAUAA